AUGUUAUCUGCAUACAAAAUUCUCAUAUUCCUUUCCACUCUAACUAAGUUGACUGAUGCACUUGAUACUUCUUCCCCUUUAUUAUUGAAUUUUGAAGUACAUAGAGGAGAUUCUGAUAAUGAGAUGUCAAUCCACAAUAAAUUAUUCUUCGAAAAGAGAGCAGAUGAUGAUGGUAAGGUGGAUAUGAAACUUACCAACGACCAAGUGAUGUACAUUACUACUUUAAAAGUGGGAUCAAAUGAAGACGAAGUGAAAGUUCAAAUUGAUACCGGAUCUUCUGAUCUUUAUGUCAUGACUCCAGAUGUAGAUUGUUACUAUUAUUCUUAUUCCUACAGAAAUAAGAGAACACUUAUUGAUAUUCCAACUUACUUCAAAAGGGCUAAUUCUGAAGCGUGUACCUCUUAUGGAUCUUUUGAUUAUAAAAAAUCAACUUCAUUCAAGAAAACUGAAGAUGUGGAAGAAUUUUAUAUUGCAUAUAUGGAUAAUACAGAUUCAGCCGGGUUUUAUGGUUCUGAUAAAAUGCAAGUUGGAGAUGCUACGCUUGAAACAGCAUACUUUGCUGUUGCGAAUGAAUCAAGUACAAAUUCUGGGGUAUUCGGAAUUGGCUUUCGAGGAAGGGAAUCAGCUUACUACUAUAGCUAUGAAAACAUCCCCUUGAGAUUGAAAUCUGAAGGAUUCAUUAAGAAAAAUGCAUAUUCACUCUUCUUGAAUUCAGAAAAUCAAACUACAGGAUCAGUAUUGUUUGGUGCAGUGGACCAUGCUAAGUACUCGGGACCAUUAACUUCCAUACCUAUAGUGAACUCGACAGAAGAAUAUAGCUCCUUGCUGUCUCUUCUCUACGGUAUUGACUUUUAUGCGGGAGGAGAAGGUGGUUCAAAUGAUACUUAUUCAAUAUCUUCAAGUACUUAUCAAACUUUGUUUGACUCAGGAUCAACAUUAUCAGUCAUGCCAGCAGACUUGAUUUAUAGAUUUGGAGAACUGCUAGGGGGUUAUUAUCUGAGUGAAGGUUACUACGCGGUACCUUGUUCUAACUCAGAGGACGUUUACUUCACUUUUGAUUUUGGCGGAGCGAAGAUUAAAGUUCCAUUGUCAAGCUUACUCAUUCCUUCUAAAUCUUCAACUACCAAAUGUUACUUAGGUUUGAUGGAGAAUGUGGGUGAGUAUAUUGUACUUGGUGAUAAUGUUUUAAGGUCAAUGUACGUUGUAUACGACUUAGAUGAUUUAUCAAUCUCACUAGCUCAAGCAAAGUAUACAAAUGAUACCGACAUUGAGGAAAUCGGAUCCGAUGGAGGAAUCCCAAGCGCCACCAAGGCUGCCACCUAUGCAGCAAAUUCGUAUGACUAUAGUACAAUUUAUGAAUCGUCUGUUACAGCUGUUGCUACAUAUGCCACUGGACGUUUACCAGAUGAAGACGAAUAUAGUUCAUACAGUUACACAGCAUUCGAUCUGGAUUACUACUAUACCUUGUACAACACUUAUGACUAUAACACUGAUGAUUAUGACUCAUACUUGUCGAGCCUAACUGAAGAUCUCUAUUCAACUCACACUGCAACUAAUGACUACACCACCACAAGAAGUCAUACAACAAGGUCAUUAGCAGCCAGUUCAACAAGUCGAAUAAGCAGCACAGGUCUGUCAAGUACAAGAGGAUCUCUGGCGAAGGGCUCAUCGAUCCACGAUAGUUUAUCUGUGAAAUGUUUCACUUUGAUAUUUGGUAUUUUGGGUACAGUAUUUUAUUUCUAA